AUGCGUCUCCACUCCUUGAAAGAACUCGAUGACUCGGAAGGCAACGUCCGUCUGCACAACGAUAAAGAUACUGCUGUUAUCUUGUACCCUGCCCCUUCGCCUACUGAUCCGAAUGACCCUCUGCGAUGGCCACUAUGGAGGAAACAUGUCGCCUUUGGUAGUGUAUGCGCUUUUGCAUUUCUGUCCAACUAUGCGAUUGGUGGUCUGGCUCCGGCUUUCUACAUUCUGAGUCAAGAAUUUGGAAAGUCGCAACAUCAGACCAGCGAGUUGCUUCUCUGGCCUGUUCUCGUAUUUGGUGUCUUUAACUUCCUCUGGGUACCUAUGGCAAACUAUUUUGGCAAACGACCCAUUUUCGUCUUCUGUACAUUCCUCCUAUGCGUCUGCUACAUUUGGGGCGCAACUGCACAGAGUUUCAAGAGUUUAUUAUGGUCGAAUAUCAUUGCUGCAUUUGGAGGGAGUGCAUCCGAAGCUGUCGCUGCAUCGAUGGUCAACGAUCUUUACUUUUUACACGAACGUGCUGGUAAGAUGAGUUGGUACGUCAACUCCAUCUCGGCUGGUAACACUCUGGGUCCUUUGAUCUGCGGCUUUGUGGUUCAAGGUCUGAGCUGGCGUUGGCAAAAGAUCAUCGCAGCCAUCCUCGUCGGAGUCAACUUUCUCGUCGUCGUCUUCCUUUGCCCAGAGACACGAUUUGACCGUGCCGCACAUGGACUCGCAGAACCUCUUGCGCCUUCAAGAACAACUAGUGAUGUAAACACUCUCGAAAAGAUAAUCUCGAGUCCGGAUCAACAGCCUGUGCAUCGGCCUUCGGACACCUCAGACACAACUCCUCUCGAUACUGUGCCUAAGAAGUCAUAUAUACAGCAACUCCAGCUCUGGUCGCCGUUACCAAAAGAUCUCUCUCUGUUUGAAUUGUUCUUAAGUCCUUGGCCAUUGAUCGUGUAUCCGGAUGUUAUCUUUUCAACACUAGCUACAGCAUUUGCGCUUGCCUGGGUAGUAGGCAUCAACAUCCUCAACUCUUUCGUUCUCCAAGCACCACCCUAUUCCUGGUCUCCUGCUGUCAACGGACUUAUCAACAUCCCUGGCCUACUGGGAAACAUUUGUGGUGCACUUGUCGGCGGACCUCUGGUUGAUUGGUAUUCUGACUGGCGCGCCAGAAAGAAUGGUGGUAUUUUCCGACCAGAGUCGAGAUUGACCAUGUUGAUCUUUCCAGGCGUUAUGGUUCCGGCUGGGUGUUUGGCUUUUGGGUAUGGUGUUCAGGAUACACUCAAUUGGACUAGUAUGUUCUUUGGCUAUGGCAUGGUUGCGACAGGGUUGACGACGAUACCUUGUAUUACCAUGACCUACAUUUCAGAUUGUUAUUUGCCUAUUGCACCCGAUGCGCUACUGUUGAUCAACGGGCUGAAAAAUGUUGCGGCUUUCGGGUUCCUGUACGCUAUCACGCCUUGGGUGUUCAAGGUUGGGUAUGCAGAGUGUUACGGCGAGCAAGCUGCCAUCGCUGUUGGAAUACUUCUAUUUGCCAUUCCGCUCAGCUUUUUCGGUGCAAAAAUGCGUCAUCGUACUGCACAAUGGCGUAUCAUUCUUUGA